UUUCUUUACGGACAAAUAUAUAAACACAUCGACGGGAUUACAGUGAGCGCAGGAUUAGGGAAAACCAAAGAAAAUAUUUUAAUGGAGUUUGAAGAAGAUCAUCAUCAUCAUCAUCAUCCCAAUCCCAAGGACCAACAAGACCAUCCUGAGAUUCACGAUGCCCUCUCCCCCGACUUUGAGAAUUCCCGACCACCCAAAAUGCUAACUCCCCUCGACGUUUCCCAACCUUCAAGGAAACCCAGAUACCGCGAAUGCCUCAAAAACCACGCCAUCAACAUCGGCGGUCAUGCCGUCGACGGCUGCGGCGAGUUCCUUCCCGCCGGACCCGAAGGCUCUCUAGAUGCCCUCAGAUGCGCAGCCUGUAACUGUCACCGCAACUUCCACCGCAAAGAAUCUCUCAUCGGUGAACCUCUCGUUUUACUCUCACCUCCACCCAUUCACCAACACCCGCCGCAGCCGCAGCAAUUCUUUCCUCCCCCGCCUUAUUACAGGACCCAAAGUGGUUACCUUCACGUUCAACAGCGGCCGCCGCUUGCUCUGCCGUCAACCUCUAGCGGCGGCGGUGGAGGUGGGGGAGGUGGAGGGUCGUACUGCAGGGAGGAGAUGGAUGAAGAUGUGGCGAACGCGAUGGGGAUGGGGAUGGGGAUGGGAAUUGGGUCUUCUAAGAAGAGAUUGAGGACGAAAUUCACGGUUGAACAGAAGGAUAAGAUGCUGGCACUUGCUGAGAGGAUGGGUUGGAGAAUUCAGAAGCAAGAUGAUGAAGCUGUGCAGCAAUUUUGUCAAGAAACUGGUAUCAGAAGGCAUGUUUUCAAGGUAUGGAUGCACAAUAACAAACACACAGUUGGUAAGAAACCCUAGAUUUAUCAUUUCCUUUAAUUAAUUAAUUAAGACUAUUGUUAUUCUAUUCUCCUAAAUAUAAUAUAAUAAUAUAUUUGUAUAUCUAUUUGUAGUAGUUUGUAUGUGAGAAUUAUUAUGAUUUAAGUGAACAAUUUAUUAUCAUGGGAAGACAGAUUUUAGGGUUUACUGUGUUUGUCUUGUCUUAAUCAA